AUGACAUUAACGAUACAUCAUCACCAUCUAGACACCAAAAUGCAGGAUAAAUCCGAUUCCUACAGCAAUGGAAAUGGCACACCUCGAUCAACCACGGCCACCGAAACGGAUGGUUCUCGUUUGAGUGUGCUGGCCAAACAGCCGCUCGAUUUCCUAACUCGCACCGACGAAGGCAAUUUCACCGUGACCAACUCGGAUAUCGUGUGGACCGUGGUUUCCAUCAUCAGUAGGAUAGUGAGCAUCUUGUUGAACAUCAACCUUGCAUACGACUACUAUCGGAAAGGAAAAGUGGAUUAUUUCAUAUGGACCACCUGUUGCAUUAUCAUUCCCGGUAUUGUGACCAGCGCGUUGAUGGUAUACAUGUACCUGGAAGACAUGAAAGAGCACAAAAAGGUUCGCAAAAGAUGCUGUGAGAUACUGUUUUUCACCAUUAUCAUUCCGUUGUUCUUUCGUUACUGCCAAUCUUUGGCGUACGCCAUCCAAAGCAAGAUUGCUGAGGCCCGAAACGACCGCGACGCGCAGAAGAAAUGUUACGAGUUUAUGAUCCAGGAGGACAGUGACGUCGCGUUGGUGCGAAUAUUCGAAUGUUUGCUGGAAGCCGCUCCGCAGAAAAUUCUCCAGCUGACGAUCGUCCUAUCCGGUGAGGAUCGUAUAACAUGGCCACAAUUGCUCGCAAUAUUCGGAGCCAUUACUGGCAUCGCGUGGUGCAUGGCUUCUUACUAUCGGUGCAUACGAUUUUCCCAGCCUGAUAAGCGGCACAUCUCCUGGUUGGGUACCAUUUCGCAAAUUCUGUGGCAUUUCUGCGUUACCAUGUCGAGAAUCCUGGCGAUCGCAAUCGUGGCCAGUAUCUACCCACAGUACACGCUGAUCGCGUGUUUCUUACAUUCUUUUACCAUGACCUUGUGGAUAUUCUUCUUUGACCGUUCGCCUUUCUGCAGUUCGACUAUGCUGCACAGUUUUGUGUUUUCUCUGGUUUUGGGAGUAGUGUUCAUUUUUACAUACAUCCUGCCGAGAGUGGGACGGACAUUCUAUAGGUACCUCAUCUACUAUAGCUUGUGCGGGACGGAAAAUCUCGUCUGUGUUAUAAUCUACCUCUGUUAUGUGCGAAACGCCACUAUCAAAGAGUCCUAUUAUUUGCCACUGCUGAGUGCAGCUCCGAUUGUGCUUUUCAUGAUCGGAAUCUUGUCUAUGGUAUGCUACUAUAAGAACUUCCAUCCCAACAUAAUGUCACGUAGGCAUCAGAAGCAGGACACGCCCAGCAACAGUGUGGCUGACAAUUCUUCGGCGGGCGAGCAAUCACGUCCGCAUUCAGUGUCUAAUGAGGCGACUCAGGACACAUCCGAACCCAAAUUAAAUGUGUGCGAGCCGAAGGUCCAUAUCUAAAACUAAACUAGAUUAUGAUAAAUAGUGAAAAUAUAAUAUUGUGUAGCUUUAAGUAGACUUAUCAAGCAGUUGAAUGAAUAGUGUGUGUUUGUUAUAUUGUUUUCUUUUGACAAUUAUCUACCAUGAAUGUGUGAUACAAAUUAAUCAGACUGAAAUCCAGAUGAAAUCAUUUUUGGAAUUAUAAAAUCCAAUACCAUUGAGUAUUAUUAUGGCAAAAAAAAAACGUUUUCGUAUUUCCGACAUAUGGGAGAGAGAAUAACUCAAUGCAUCCGAACGAAACCCAGAAUAUUUCACCUAGGCUAGGAGUGAUAGCAUCUUUUUUUAUGGGAAAUCACAUCAGUGAUUGUUGCACUAACUCUUUCUAAUUUAUUGUUGGGUAUCAAAUGGCAUUAUAUUUCAUAAGAAAUAAAUAUAAAUAUAGGAUUGGAUAGUUUUAGAAAGAGUUAAGUGCAUAUGGUCGGGGUUCAGCCAAAUCACACCAAGCGCCAAUAAAAAAUUUACAAUUUUUUUGACAAAGUUUUCGUGUAAAAGAUUCGCUUAAUCACAAAUCGCAUCGGACAUGGUUCAACGCCAUAAUUGAGGAUAUCCUACAACAAAUGUACGCAUGAAUUGACAUAAAUUA